AUGUUUGCUACAUCACCAAGCGAUCCUUCCGCCGCUAAUGUACAUUCUUUCAACGAUGGUCUCGAUUUCCUGAAUGCUUUGUCACCUAUUCCCGACGAUCAAGGCCAAUGCUUUGAUCCUAUUCCGCCUAUCACUGAUUCCAAACCCGAUCCUGAUCCCUCUGCCGCUGCUAUUGCUGAACCAGAAAAGGCUAUAAAUUUAAGUACCAGUAAUGUUGUCGUCAUGGCAAACAUGCGAUGUCAUCUUGUCCUUAAGGAUAUCGCCAGGAGAGGUAUUGAUGUUGAAUACAAAGCCGCGAAAAAUCAUGUUAUUAUGCGGCUGCGGAGACCCUACAUUGUUGCUACAAUUUGGUCUAGUGGCAAGAUAUGGUGCACCGGUGCCUCUUCCAUAUCCAAGGCAAAAAAAGGUGCCCGUCGGAUAGCUAGGCGACUUGUGAAGAUGGGUUAUGCCUGCCGGUUCAGUAAUUAUCGCAUUCUCAACGUUAUGGCGAAAUGUCGACUCCCCUUCCGUGUCCGCCUGGACUCCCUCUCUAAAACUCGACCAAGACAAAUGUCAUAUGAACCUGAAUUGACACCAGGCUUAACAUUCAAGAUCCCAGAGACCCCCAGUCUUUCUUUAACUCUCUUCUCUACUGGCCGAUUGGUUAUCAUGGGGAGUUCUCUCGAGGACAUAACCAAUGCUGUUGAGGAGCUAGUUUCUCUUGCUUGCCUUCAUCAGUCGGAUGAAGCCCCUUCCGAUUCUUCUGAUGAUGAAUGUGCGUCAGCAUGCUCAGGUGAUAAAAAUAGUCAAAGACGUCAGUACUAUCGUCGUAGACGCGGUCGAUCACGUCGUAUGAGUGCCUUCACUGAAAUGGCCGCACAAGAAAUUCCUGAAUUGGCCGAUGUCUUCUUUGAAGAGCUUGAAGCGGAGGAAUUGGAAGAACAGGAGGCAUUGUCUGUCGUCGGUUUAAGCGAAGAGGGGAAUAAGCGUGCGGGUAGUGAAGAGAAGACCGGUGUGAGCCAAAACGUUGCUGCUGUUGCUCCAGAACCUACUCCCCCUACUCCACGUGACCUAGAUAAUGUGAGAAGUGGUCCCAAAAAGCUGCCAAGGAUCAUCACUUAUGAUCAACAGUUGCAGCAAGAGUCCUCUUGCGUAUCCACAACUCCUCAAGCUACUCAAUUUAUCUACGCUACUACUCCUGGAAGUAAUCAAGUGGUUCGAUAUAUCGCUGCUCCUGGAUCACAGAUUGCGAAUUCGACUUUCACUCAACAACAGCCGCAACAAACUAAAAUCGUGUGUGGUGUCCAGCCGCAGCCGACAACAAAUGUCGUUAGAAUUGUCUCUCCAAUGCAGGUUACUAACCAGUCCCAACAACCUCAGAGGUUUAUUAUCAAUAGACUGCCAGCAGGAACAACUAUUCUCAAUCCCAAUACCACUUUCUUGAUGACAAGUGGGAAUCAGCUAAUAUUGAACGGGCAGCCCACACAAAUAUUUCGAACAAUUGCGCCAAGUAAUACAGUUACGGUCAAUACAAACCCUUCCACAUCCACCUCUGUUAAUAAUCCCGAUUUAUCCCCUAAUUCAGGCUCCCAGACUAGCUGUCGUCAACUCAUGGAGACAGCAUUUGCGAAUAUGAAACUCGAGAAGCAGAUGGAUAAUGAGACCUUCUAUGGCUAUGUCCAUGCUGUCUCAGGUCCUGUCGUUAUUGCUGCUCAAAUGUCGGGUUCCGCUAUGUACGAGCUGGUUCGCGUCGGUCAUGACAAUCUCGUCGGUGAAAUUAUCCGUCUUGAAGGUGACACGGCCACGAUCCAAGUCUAUGAAGAUACCUCUGGUGUUACCGUUGGUGACCCUGUACUUAAAACCGGCAAACCACUUUCCGUGGAAUUGGGCCCGGGUAUCUUGGGAAGUAUCUUCGACGGUAUCCAGCGUCCCCUUCAAGCUAUUCGUGAUUUUACCCAAUCAAUCUACAUUCCAAAGGGUAUAGAUGCCCCCUGCUUAGACCGAAAAAAGGCCUGGGAGUUCACACCCAACCCUGCUAUUCGACCAGGGAUGCAUAUUACCGGUGGUGAUAUCUAUGGAUCUGUGGUCGAGAAUAGCCUAAUCGAGCACCGACUUAUGUUACCCCCCAAAGCUAUGGGUACUGUCAAAUGGAUUGCACCGGCCGGAAGUUAUACUAUUUUGGAUAAAGUCUUGGAGACUGAUUACGAAGGAAAUAUAACUGAACACUCGAUGUUGCAAAUUUGGCCUGUUCGUCAGCCACGACCUGUUGCCGAUAAACUUCCGGCCAAUUUCCCUCUUUUUACUGGCCAGCGCGUGCUUGACACUCUCUUCCCGUAA